AUAACUUUUUGCUAGCUAAAACGUGAUUAUUAUUAUAAAAAUAGCCAGGUGCUCUUACGAAACUUCUUAAUUUAUCGACCGUGGGAUGACUAAAACUUCAAGGCUCUGCUCAAACCAAUAGAUUAGUUGUGAAAGCUUGAGCUGGUUAAUAACUUAAAUAAAAGACAUACUAAACACCUCACAAGUUUGUUUUAGAUACAAACGAUUUUUCAAUAAUUUUGAAAAAAAAGUUAUCAAACGACAAGAGUUCAUCCUUGUUUUUGAAAAUUGAUAUAACUUUCAUAAAAAAUCGGCAGUGCGCAAAUUAAACCAACCCUUUUAUACGCUUGGUCUAAAAAAUAACCUCCAAAAAACUCAUCUACGCUUACUUACGUAGACGAAGAGUACUUCCUUAUACAUUUCAUGGUAACACUACACCAUAGCGGGAAAGAUAGAAGGGAAAUGAAUUUCGUCCUAAAACAUGGAAAACUUACCAUUGCCGCCUUUAUAUAUUAACCACGGGACCAUUUUCCCCUUUUCCUUUUCAAAUAGUAUUUCAAUGAGUCAUACUUUUUAUUCACACACUUGUUACACCAUCGUUGCUCUAUUACCAUUUUUCCAUUUGACCGAUUUGUUCUCCUCAUUUCAAAAUAGUUACUAUAAAAAUGGAGGAUUAUUUCUACUCCUACCUUCAAGUUGCCAAACUUGAGAAAUAUUACCCAAAUUUUGUCAAAAGUGGUAUAACUCAUUCGAGUUCAUUGACUAAUUUAAAAACGAUAGAUUAUUACAAUUUAGGAAUUAAAGAAAAUCGGGAUCAGAAAAAAUUAUUUCAGCUAAUCGACAUCAUUAGGAAUUUGGACCCCAGUGAAGAAGUUUCGUCGCAAGAAGACGCGAGAAAAAGUGAAGAUAAAAUGAGUUCUCCAGCGUUGCAGCAAAAGCCAGUGAUUCGGGUCAGUUCUGGAAGCUCAAACUCACCAAGCAGUUUGGCCUCCCCGGCAGAAAUGUACCGAAAAUUGACAGGGCGCGACCAGACAAAGUCACCUUCACCCAGAAUUGAAAUUCAAAGACACCGCUCAAGUCACUCGGAAUCAGAUGGCGACCGGAAAGAUGAACAAGAUGCCCCAAUUUCACCCGAGAUCAACGCGAGAAGUCCCUUGAGACGAAGCUAUCACCCCUCGACAACCACCGAACAGAGCUCGUACUUCGGACCACGAACGAACCCGAUGAUGAUGGCAACGAAACACGCUCCUGGACACCAGCAAGGUUCCGGGAUCCGACCUCAGUUUAACAUCUACUCUAGAGACAACUAUGCCAAUGACGAUGAUGACGAAGACGAUGAUAUCGAUGUCAUUUCGUUCACACCUUCCGUAUAUGGAGCAAACACCCAGAAUAUUUCGCCCAAUUCGAGUUUCAGAGCUCGAAAGACGGAUCUUCAUAGUAAACAUGGCGACGGCCAGUCGUAUAACUACGGAAUCCCUAGUUCAAGUCACGUGACGAGCAUGUCGCAGAGUCCAAAUCGGAAAAUUUCAAAAGCAGCGAGUCGGGCGUCAGACAAAAUCCGAGUGUGUAUUCGGAAACGACCGAUGCUGAAGCGAGAAAAACGAGAAGAUUCGGACAUUGUACGAGUAAGCGAUUCGACGGUUCUGGUAAACGAAGACAAAGUCGCGGUCGAUAUGACGAAGUAUUCACACAAGCACGAGUAUCUUUUCGACGAGGCUUUUUCGGAACGAGACGAUAACCGAACUGUUUUUGAGCGCGCCGUAAAGCCUCUUAUUGAACAUGUUUUGGAGGGCGGGAAAAGUACAUGUUUUGCUUACGGACAAACAGGGAGUGGAAAAACGCAUACCAUAAUGGGGAAUGGACAUAACUCGCCGAAUCCUGGACUGUAUCUUUUAGCCGCAGAUCAAUUAUUUCGAAACCUCAGGCCAGGUCAAACAGUUUAUGUAGCCUUUUUUGAAAUUUACUGCGGCCAAUUGUACGAUCUGCUAAAUGGAAGGUCUAAACUACACGCUCGAGAAGACGCUAAACAACGUGUUAAUAUUAGUAACUUGAGAGAAACAAAAGUUAACAAUAUGAUUGACCUUUUAGCAGUUGUAGCAACUGGCAGUAAACAUCGAAGUGUAGGUCAAUCCGGGGUCAAUCCGGAUUCCUCAAGGUCACACGCUGUGCUUCAGAUUCAACUGAAAUCGCAUAAAAGUGACAGCAGUUCAAAACGAAAUAAUGACUCAAGUUCAUCUGGUCAAGGUCGAAUGUCAUUUAUUGAUCUGGCAGGCAGUGAACGAGCGGCCGAAGCUGGUGAACAAAAUAAACAAACAAGACAAGAAGGUGCUGAAAUAAACACUUCUCUCUUGGCGCUCAAAGAGUGCAUCAGGUCUCUUGACCAAGACUCAAGACAUACACCUUUUAGACAAAGCAAGCUGACCCAAGUUUUGAAAGAAAGCUUUAUUGGCGAUUCUAAAACCUGCAUGAUUGCUAACAUUUCACCGACAACGACCGCUUGCGACAACACAUUAAAUACACUUCGUUACGCGGAUCGCGUCAAGCAGCUAAAAGCUCAGUGCGUUUCCGGAAACUUGACGACGUCGCCGCAAUCUACAAGUUCUGGUGCAACUUCAAACUCAGUUGCACCGAAAAUAACCCGGAAAGUCAGAUCGCUUGUCGCGACAGCAGUUCAGUCGCCAAACAAGUCGGCCAAUGAGCCAAACCGAGCUGCAAAAAAGAAGCGCUUCGUGGCUGGUUCUUCUAGUCAUGGCUUGAAAAGAUCUAACAGUGAUAUUUCAACCAUGACAACGACAAUGACGACGUUCAACGCUAUCACAAUUGACGACAUCUCUGACAACACUGACUUUCAGAGAUCAAAAUCAGUCGAGAGCUUCGACGAGCUCACAAUGCAUGAAGACUCGGUUCCUAUCUCGAGAAGUCGGCAGGUGGUUCCCGUAACCAAUUCGAACCUGCGGGUCGAGUCGCCAGGAUCGUUAUCGUCAGAUUCAGUGUCUCCAGUACCGGAACUGCCUCAUAGUUCUAAAAGUGGUUCUUUAUUUCGAAGAGAUACGGCCUCCGGCGAUUUAAAGACUGGCGAGUUUUCAGCUGCUGAAAACGAGACUUUUGCUGCUAACUACUUGCAUCACUACGCCAGAAAAGAGAAUACUGGAGCGACUAGAAAGAGUGUUUCAUCUCCUGACUUGCGAAGAGAGGCCGAAAAUCAAGUAAACUCAGAAGACAGAACUCAGCCGAAAACUUCAAAGCACUUUCCGUCAAAAAUCAACCCAGCGACCCUGUUUAAAAGCUCCAAGAAAAAUCUAGAACAGGCUGAGAAAAGAUCGAACCCAUCGCGCAGCUCGAAAUCCAUCAUUGAGUCAUCAAGAUCGCCGAAAACUGUGAAAUUUUUUGGCAUAGAGUCAAGUAGCUACUCCGAAAUCGAUCCUAAUAUUGACGAUGAGGUAAUUGAUGAACGGCAACGACCAGCAAAUUUUGUUGAAGUACCAGAGGUCCGUUUGCCUGGCAACAGUAGGAUUUCAAAUGUUCCAAAAGUAGCCUCAAAACGAUUUUCAAGCUCGGCAGAUGAUAUUAGACAAACCUCUUCAAAACCUCCGCAGUCAAACUUAACAGCGAAAUCAUCAAACGCAGGAAAGUUAUUUUUCUCGGAUGCCAGACGAAGGCACAGUCCUUCUGUGUCAGAAGACGAAACUCCAAGUCCCGUGACAUCUAAUGUUAACAUCAGCGGUCGAUCGGUUCCGUCGGAUCCGAGCUUAGAAUCACAGCAACAGUCGACUCCUCAGCCUCCGAAUUCAAAGCCAUCCCGGCCCAAUGUAAGGACAACUCCUCGGGAUCGGGUAUCUUCUUUCUCAGCUGCGAAGAAAAUGAAUCUGGCAGACUUCUCGAAACAACCUCCACCCAAAAUAGGAAGGGCAGUUGGAAGCUUCGAGAAUCUGCAGAACCAGCAAAGUGGAUCUGGAAGUCAUCCAGUGACUCCUGACAGCACUCAGGAACAACCCAGCAGUUCCCAGAAACGAUCCAGGUCUCGGAACUCAUCCAGUGGCGAAGACGCUGGUUCCAAUGUUGCUGAGUCGCCGAGGAUCCCUGGAGGCUCGGGAGGUUCAGGGUCGCCGCAACUCAGUGCAGCAUCCACUGCCAAUAACUCACCGGAGCAGACAUUGACCAAAGGAUCCGUGGCAUCGCCAAGUUCGAAACCUACUGAAAUUCCCAACGUUGACAGAGUUUCUGGCGACGAAUCUUCGAAUGGUACCCAAGGAUUCACCAGAUCUCAAAGCAUGAGAAAUAGCAGGUCAACGGUGCAGAAAAAUUUGGAAGCGAUUGUCGAAAACCAGAGAAGUCGAAGUCAGAGUCCAGGAGCCAAAGCAGCAACGUCCAGUUCCUCAGGAGGAAAUUUGGGAACCCCAUCAAGUAAUAUAAUUCACAAAGCACAAACUACUUUGAUUUCGGCUCAUAAAGAACACUUAACACAGGUUUCGAAAUGUUGCACAAAAGAGUUGAACUGUCUCCGAGAAAUGGAGUUAGGAAACAAAGCAUUCAAGGAUUACGCCAAGCAAGUAGAAGUUUAUCUAGCAAGAAAGCAAAAAGCGAUCGCCCAGAUGCAAGUCCAUUUGACCGAAUAUACCAAGCUCAGCGAACAAGCUAAUCAAAAUUCGGACAGGUGAUAUGAAUUUGUGAUUUAAAAAUACUCCGCGAUCAUCGGGAUUGACCAUCUUGUCGCUUAGAGUAUUCAAAAAACAAAAGAAGCUCCGAUAUAUGCUAUAAAUGUAGUACCCUUACAUGCAAAACAUGCAAAUUUCCCACUAAACCUAUUCAAGAAACACUUAAUAACUAAUUGUUGCUGAAAAAAAUUACGAAAUAUUUUUGAUGCUACAAGAAUUAUAGUUUCUGAUAUUUUGUAAAUAUGUUAUUUCAAUUUCCACCAGGGCUUUGAGCACUGUGCGGUUACAUAUUGUAAAAAAGUAUAACUAUUUCAUUUCGUAUUUGUAAUAAAGUAAUGUGAAAUUUGACAAGUGCUAAAGAAAGUAUCUUUCGAAUAUUCGGUGCUUGCUUGUGAAUAUUUAAUUUUUUAUGUAAUA